AUGGCUCUCAGGCGCGUCUUCCUGUUGCGGUCCGUGGCACCACGCGUUGCUGCCCUCUCAACCAAACCGCAGACCCAGGAGCUGCCUCCCGCGAGCCCUGAGGCUGUUCGGGGAUGUAGAGCGGCCAAGGCUGUGCGGCCGCCUGUGCCAGCCGUGGACUUCACCAACACGCAGGAGGCGUACCGCAGCCGGCGGAGCUGGGAGCUGGCGCGCAACCUGCUAGUGCUGCGGCUGUGUGCGUCGCCGGUGCUGCUAGCGCACCACGAGCAGUUGUUGCAAUUUGCCAGGAAGCUUCUGGGACAGAGGAUGUUCGAGAGACUGAUGAAGAUGACCUUCUAUGGCCAUUUUGUGGCUGGUGAGGACCAGGAGUCUAUCAGGCCUCUGAUCCGGCACAACAAAGCCUUUGGUGUUGGUUUUAUCCUGGACUAUGGAAUGGAGGAAGAUCUGAGCCCCGAGGAGGCCGAGCGCCAAGAGAUGGAGUCAUGCACCUCUGAAGCAGAGAGAGAUGGCAGUGGAGCAAAUAAGAGGGAGAAGCAGUAUCAGGUCCACCCUGCCUUUGGAGACCGCAGAGAUGGCGUCAUCAGUGCUCGCACCUACUUCUAUGCCAGUGAAGCCAAGUGUGACAACUACAUGGAGAACCUACUGCAGUGCAUCGAGGCCUCAGGUGGAGCCAGUGACGGUGGUUUCUCAGCCAUUAAGCUCACUGCACUGGGGAGACCACAGUUUCUGCUGCAGUUCUCAGACGUGCUGACCAGGUGGAGACGGUUCUUCCAUCAAAUGGCUGCAGAGCAGGGACAGGCUGGGCGUGCUGCUGUAGACACGAAGCUGGAGGUGGCGGUACUCCAGGAGAGCAUCGCAAAGAUGGGCAUCGCAUCCAGGGCUGAGAUCGAGGGGUGGUUCACACCAGAGACUCUGGGGGUGUCUGGCACUGUGGACUUGCUGGACUGGAACAGCCUCAUUGACAGCAGGACCCAGCUCUCUAGGCACCUGGUGGUCCCCAAUGUGCAGACUGGCCAGCUGGAGCCCCUGCUGUCACGGUUCACUGAGGAGGAAGAGCAGCAGAUGAAGAGGAUGCUGCAGAGGAUGGACAUACUGGCUAAGAAAGCAAAAGAGGCCGGCGUACGGCUCAUGAUUGACGCUGAGCAGAGCUACUUCCAGCCAGCCAUCAGCCGCCUGGCCCUGGAGAUGCAGCGCAGGUUCAAUGUGGAAAAGCCGUUCAUCUUCAACACAUUCCAGUGCUACCUCAAGGAUGCUUAUGACAAUGUGACCAUGGAUAUGGAACUGGCUCGCCGUGAGGGCUGGUGCUUUGGGGCCAAGCUGGUACGUGGUGCAUACAUGGCCCAAGAGCGAGCCAGGGCUGUGGAGAUUGGCUACGAGGACCCCAUCAACCCUACAUAUGAAGCCACUAAUGCUAUGUACCACAGGUGCCUUAACUAUGUGCUGGAGGAGCUGAAGCACAGCACCAAGGCAGAGGUGAUGGUGGCUUCACACAAUGAGGACACCGUGCGCUUCACGUUGUGCAGGAUGAAGGAGUUAGGCCUGCAUCCUGCUGAUGGUCAAGUGUGCUUCGGACAGCUGCUGGGGAUGUGUGACCAAAUUAGCUUCCCACUAGGCCAGGCAGGCUUUCCUGUGUACAAGUACGUACCCUAUGGUCCUGUGAUGGAGGUGCUCCCUUACCUGUCCCGCCGCGCCCUGGAGAACAGCAGCAUCAUGAAGGGCGCUCAGCAAGAGAGGCGGCUGCUGUGGCAGGAGCUCCGCAGGCGGCUGCGCACUGGCAGCCUCUUCCACCGUCCAGCCUAGUCAUUGCAGAGGCCAUGCCCAUACCUAGUCCACUCAACCCGAUACCUCUGGGGCUUCAGGCAGGGCACAGCUUGGGGUUGGGUUGGAGUUCUUAGUCCAACCUGCCCAGACACAGUUCACCUUUUCAUGCCCAAGCCUCUGAGGUGCUGGGGGUGGGGGUGGGUUGCCCUCUGGGACUUCCUGCACCGCUAGGAGCCGACACUCAGGAAUGGGGCCAGCUAGAGCCCCUGGGAACGGCCCCACUAAUCUUCUAAGGAGGCACUGACCACCUCCGCAGGCUGCAGAGCACUAGAGCACUAGAACUAACCUGCCAGGGUCUGAGCCAUCUUCCCUGCACUGGAGAGGGCAGACUGGGAAGCCUGUUUAGUCAAUAAAUUGUCUGGUAACUGAGAGUCAUCACCUUUCUCUUGGUACCUGCACACGAAGUCAGCUCUGAGCACCAGAGGCCAUUCCAAUCCAGGCACUGGGGACACCUCUGCCAGGCUGCAGUGACACCUAAUCACUUUUAUUCCACAUCCCAGAUGCAUGGGCUCUGGAUGGCUGCAGGCAGCACACAGUGGACCCUGGGGCCCAGCUCCCCUCCAACCCCUCUGUGCCCUUCACUCCAGUAGCUACAGUCCUAGCUGAGUCUGUGGCACACCCCUUCAGUUUCAUAACCUGGCAAGGCCUAAGGGCUGGGCUGGGGUAUCCCAGAAGGGCACUGUCAUAUGGUGGCUGC